UUUGCAGAAAAGUUAGAUUUUUACGAUUUUUCCACUCUGAUCUCGUUCAAGCUUCACUAUUGUCAAGAAAAACUGAAACCAUCCCUGUCAUGUGUCAACUCCAUUCAUAUUCUGUUCACCAUAUGGAAAUAAACGAAUAACCAAUUAAGCUACAAAUGAGAAUAACUCAAAAGAAACUGUUUGCAAUCAUGGCAUCACUCCAACAAUCGAAGGGAACAACUGCAGUAUUGAACUUACCAAAGAUGCAGUACUACAGAAAGCCUCUCCCUGAUUCCUGCAUAGCAUUCAGUUCCCCUCAAGGAAAAAAGUUGUUUUCUGAAGCCUUAUUAACUGGACAUAUGGAAUGUUACUUUAAGCUUGCCGAACAAUUCAGAACACAGGAUGAACCAGCAUUUUGUGGCCUUUCUACAUUGGUAAUGGUCCUGAAUGCCCUCAGUGUUGACCCAGGGAGAGUCUGGAAGGGACCGUGGAGGUGGUACCAUGAGAACAUGCUAGACUGCUGCAUACCCAUUGAUGUCAUAACUCAACAGGGCAUCACACUUGACCAAUUCUCUUGCCUCGCUGACUGCAAUACGCUAACUGUUAAAACAGUCAGGUUAAAUACAGAGAUGAACACCACUAACAAUUUGGACAGUUUUAGGGAGUUUGUGAAGUCAAUGACCAAAGUUGAUGAUCGCUUUGUCGUCUGUUCAUAUUCUCGACCAAUUCUACAUCAGACUGGAUCCGGCCACUUUUCUCCCAUUGGUGGGUACCAUCCUGGCAGGGACCUUGUUUUGAUCCUUGACACAGCAAGGUUUAAAUAUCCUCCUCACUGGGUUAAACUAGAUAUACUAUGGAAAGCAAUGGGAGAAAUUGAUAAAGAUACAGGAAAGCCACGUGGGUACUGUAUCCUGCAGAAAAAAGAAGGGGUAGAACCAUUGAUGUUAUUUCGACCUUCGACGAGUCUAAGCGUUACUCUACCUUCAUAUGACUCUCUCUCAACAAUAAAUCAAUUUAUCACACGCUUAACAAACUGGUUCCAGUCCAUGCCAUUAGCCAAUCACAGCCCAAGUAGUGAUGAUGUCAUAGAGAAAUCGGUCAGACAAGUACUAAUCGCAGCUGAUAUUUUAGAAGCAUCACAUUAUCUCUAUACCACUCAAUUAGAAAUGUGCUCAGUCAAGAUGGACUCCGAGUAUUCCUCCACGAUAAACAAUAUAAUCGAUGCAUUGGAAAAUGUUACGAUAUUUAAAUGUGUCAGAGAAACAUUGGAAGUUUGUGAUACGGUGAAAUCAGCUAAAAAAAUUGGAAGAAUUUAUCCAAGAGAUUACGAUGAAGAGUGUGCAAAUAACAACUCUGAAUUACAUCACUUAAUUUCAAGGAUAACAGACGCUCAUUUUGUGACUCUUUUCCUCCUCACAUGGCCAUAUAAGUAUGACAAGCACUGUAAAUCAUAUGGCAAAAUAUUACAGGAUAUUGUAGCUCAUGAAAUGUCUACUGUGGUUGCGGUACUAAGGGAUGAGGUUGAAUGGUUGAAAGUGAAAAUAGACACAGUCUUAAAUUACUUUGAAAAUCAAUGUUGUAAUGAGUGCAGUUGUAAACAGGAGAGGACUAUCACAUAUAACUGAAAAUUCAAUAGACUGAACUGAGUAACAUAGAUAUCUGCAUUGAAAUCAAUUUGCUAUCCCCAUAUCAAUAAUUUAACAAGAUGCAGAUGUUCAAAGUGAAAAUAGAAUCUUGGAAAACUGUGGGAAUUUAUUAAAUUGGAAUUAUUGUGGCAUACUUGUACAUGUUUUAUGACAUGUUGGUACAUGGUAUCAUUCAUGUACAUGUAAUAU